AUGAGCGACGACGAGUACACCGACGACGACUCCGCCUCGGAUGCCCCCAACGACGAUGGGCUCGACGGCAAGACCCUCUACGAGGUCCUCGGCGUCGCCAAGGAGGCCACCCCGACCGAGAUUAAGAAGGCGUACCACCGCAUGGCGCUCAAGCUUCACCCCGACAAGAACCCCGACGACCCCGACGCCGCGAAGCGGUUUCAGACCCUUCAGAAGGUCUACGGCGUCCUCGGCGACACGGACAAGCGCAAGGUGUACGACGAGACCGGGCGCAUCGACGACGCCGAGCUCAGCGGUGACAAGUUCGACUCCCUCUACGAGUACUACCGGGGCGUCUACAGGAAAGUCACCGAGGAGGACGUGGACGCCUUCCACGAUUCGUACCGCGGCGGCGACGAGGAACGUCGCGACGUCGUCGAGGCGUACGUCAAGUUCGCAGGGGACAUGGCCAAGGUGUUCAUGUGGGUGAUGUGCAGCGAGGAGUCGUUGGACUCGCACAGGUUCGCGGACAUCGUCGAAGCCGCCGUCGCCGAUCGAGUCGCGCCAAAGUUUAACGCGUUCCAAACGUGGGUGAAGGCGAUUCGGAAGAAGCCCGCGCCCAAGGAUCCGCUCAAGAAGCGGUCGGGGAGGAAGCUGCCCAAAAGCGGUGGGAAGGCCAAAAGCGGGGGUGCGGGCGGCGACGGUGACGGCGACGGUGACGGCGGGAACCUGAUGGCUCUGAUCCGGGCCAGGGGAGCGUCAAGGGCUGCGGCGGCGGACGACCUCUUCGCGAGGCUCGAGGCCAAGUACGGGCACGACGACGGAAAGAGGAAGAAGAAGGGGGGGGGCAAGGUAUCCGGCGCGACCGGGGUGAAGAACGCCGGCGUCGCGAAGAAGAGGGGAGGAAAGUGA